UGCAGUUUCUGAUAUCUCUAAUGAAGGCUCUCAUGGAUCUAAUAGUUCAACUUUACCUAGGAAUACUGCUGUUAAAAGAACGCCAAUAAGUGUGCCAGUUGCCAAAAAGAAAUGUAUAAAAAGAUCCCCGACUGUGGAACAAGCAAAAAAAGUUUUACCCUCUCCCGAAGUUAGCACUUUAAGUUCUUCUGAUGAAGCUUCACCUAAAAAGGAACCACAAUUUUUUCCUUUGAAGGGUUUAACACCUGGAUUAACUAUAACACCUGUAGCUGCCAGUACGCCGCGUAUUGCCACACCUGUGAUCAACAAAAGUGCAGAAUCAACACCAAUGAAAGAGAAAGUGGUUAUUUGUCCAUCAUGUAAGCAUUGUUCACGCAAUCCAAAUGUCUGUGAUUCUUGCAAGAAUGAAAUUACUGGUGCUGCUGUAUAUCAGUUAAAUACAGAUAGAGCUGAAAAAGUUGCUGUUCCAUUUGUAGUUACAAAAAAUUACGUAACAACAACUGAACAAAUUUAUUAUCAUGUCAAGAAUCCCACUCAAGCUGCACUUCUAUGUCAAAAUCAAAGUUUCCAUUUCCAGCAGUUAGUAGCUGUGCAAGGAAAUGAAGCUGCUCCUGUUAUCCGAGUUGGUGCUGCUAAGCCAAAAGCUCGCCCAAAAGCUAAACGUAGGUGUAUUGAACCAGCAGUAUGUGUCACCAUAUCAUCUGAUGAUGAAGAAGAAUCUGUGCAAGAAUCUUUCAUGCCUGAAAAUGAAGAAACAUCAUCAAGUGCGCAUUUUUACCAAUUAGAAAUGGAAGGUGAUAAGUCUAGAUUGUCCACCAGCCCUUCAGAUUUAAUUCAAGAUGAAAACAUGGAAGCUGAUGAACCACAAUUUCCUGGUGUUACAAAUAUUAAUAUGAGGCCUAAUGAAGAUGACGUUGAGUAUGAAGAAGAGGAAGAGGAGGAGGAAGAACCUGAUGAGGAAGAAAUGGAUGGUAUGGAUGUAGAAGAAGAGGAAGAUAUGGAAGAGGAAGGGGAGGAGGAGUGUUCUGAAGAGGAGGAGGAAGAGGAAGAAGAGGACGUUCCUCCUGAAGAGGAAACAGGUCAUGAUGGACAAUUGCAACUUAGAAUGCCUCUUACUGUGAAAGUAUUUAAUGUAGAUCAUCCCUUGAAAUGCCGUAGUAUAAGAAUUGGGUCAUUGAAAGUUCAUCCGAAGGGUCCGCUGUCGUAUGUGCCAGUCCAUUUGUCUAGUGAUGGUAUUGCAUUCGAAGCUCCAACUCUUACUAAUCCUGAAAAGUUUAAUAAUGUGCUAAUAACAGCAAAUGAUGUUGCUUAUAUGCUAGUUCAUUUUGGAAAGUGUUUACCAAUUGUAUUUGUAUUUACCACUCGAAGCUUCGGUGAAUCCAUGAGGAACCUGCUUUGUAUGUCGGAAGAUGAUUAUCGUUAUUUUGAUCCCGAUUCAAACGAUGACAAACAGAAAAAGAUAACACUUUUGAUUGAUUCCAUGACUGAAGAUCAGCGUAGAUAUUUACGCUAUGGUUUUUCUGGAGAUAAUAAGAUUAAAGAGAUAGAUCAGAAAACAGCCAAUGAAAUAUUAGUUAGAUCAACUCCUAAUCAGUUACCACCUGGGAAAUAUACAAUAUAUACUCAUGCAGCUAUCCAGCAUGAAAGUGCAUCACCUGUGUUACAA